GGCUCUUGCCCACGCAGUCAUGGCCUCCGGCAACGCGCACAUCGGAAAGCCGGCCCCGGACUUCACGGCCACCGCAGUGGUGGACGGCGCCUUCAAGGAAGUCAAGCUUUCAGACUACAGAGGGAAGUAUGUGGUCCUCUUUUUCUACCCACUGGACUUCACUUUUGUGUGCCCCACGGAGAUCAUUGCUUUUAGCAACCACGCUGAAGACUUCCGAAAACUGGGCUGCGAGGUCCUCGGAGUGUCUGUGGACUCUCAGUUCACCCACCUGGCGUGGAUCAACACCCCACGGAAGGAGGGAGGCUUGGGCCCCCUGAACAUCCCCCUGCUUGCUGAUGUGACUAGAAGCUUGUCAGAGAAUUAUGGAGUGUUGAAAACUGAUGAGGGCAUUGCCUACAGGGGCCUCUUUAUCAUCGACGCCAAGGGUAUCCUUCGUCAGAUCACAGUCAAUGACCUCCCAGUGGGACGAUCUGUGGAUGAGGCUCUUCGCCUGGUCCAGGCUUUUCAGUAUACAGAUGAGCAUGGAGAAGUCUGUCCUGCUGGCUGGAAGCCCGGCAGUGACACCAUCAAGCCCAAUGUGGAUGACAGCAAAGAAUACUUCUCCAAACACAACUAAGAUGAUCAAACAUCAGUGAGCCUGAAUUCUUGUAUCCCGCCCCUACCUGGAUGUCCUGUGCUGG